AAAGACGGCAGCGUUACCUGGAAUGACGUGAUUGGAAGAGAAGUGGGGGGUUGAAAGUCUCGCGAUGUUUAAACGAGAUUGUGACUCAGGGUUGAAGGAGACAGUUGGACGGAAGCGACCUCUAGUGGCGUGGACUGAAGUGACCAUCAGGUCAGGGUGAAGAACUUGAGCGGUCGGGAUGCUGCUCAUCGCAAAUCAUUCUGAUGAUCGUGAGUGAGGAAGUCACGCGCUCCAGACCGCCACCGACCCCGACUUUAUUACACACCGACUUUAUUACAGCGCGCGCGCUUCCGGAAACUUAUUUCUAUCUGCGCAACGCUUGCACGCGCACUUCGGUUCUGCUUUUGACAGUUUUAUUUAUUAUUUAUUUUUACAGAAAGAUCAUUUUAGAUUGUGUGUGUGUGUGUGUGUGUGUGUGUGUGUGUACUCGCCACAUCGUUGUUAAAAUAACCCUAACGCUGCAUUGAGGAUGAGGAUGAAGAUGAAGAUGAGGUUUUAUCCGGAGCAGCUCAGACGCAGGGGCUCGUCCUAAAUCAGCUCCGGUUCCUGGCGGAUGAAUGAAGCGGAUCUGCGCAGCUUCCAGAAAAGCAAGGUAGAGCUGUCUCACUGCACCGGAGUCUGGGCGUGAUCUCGUCACACUGGACGCAGUCAUGGAGAAGUGCUGUUCUGAGUGUCCGGAGCCACGACUGGCCCAGAGUUUAUGCACCUUCUGCAACAAGUGGUUGUGUUUCCAGUGUACCGAUCUGCACCAGCACGAGAGAACACCAGCAGCUCCACCAGCCGAGUCCCGGCAUCACCCGAGCUCCAGCAGUCCCACGGUGCCAUCAGAACCAGGUUCGGCUUGUUGUGGCCGCGCGGUUGUCAGGUGUCCACUCCAUAAACAGGAGCUUCUGGAGCUCUUCUGUGAGACGUGUGACCUUCUGGCCUGCAGCAUCUGCCACCUGUCUUCACACAAGGACCAUCGGCUGGUCCAUGUUGGCAAGGCUUUACAGGAUCAGCAGUGGCUCCUGGAGAACCUGAUGGCUCGGGUGGAGGAGAAGAGAUCGGCUGUGGAGAACACCGCCAAGCAGAUUCAGGGCAGACUUCACAGCGUAAAGAUCACGCAGAGGAAGGCUGAGAACCAGAUUAAAAUGGCCAAGAUGAUCAUGAUGAACGAGCUGAACAAACGGGCCAACCUAUUAAUAGAGCAACUGGAGAGUAUCUCCAGCGGUUUUAAGCAGCAUCUGGAGGGCCAGCUGCAGGGGGCGAUAGAGCUCUGUAGCCAGCUGGAGCACGUGCAGAACUUCAUCACCUGGGCGGUGGCGCAUCACAGGAGGAACCCGCUGCUGUUCAGCAAAGAGCUGAUCGCUCUUCAGAUGCAGCAGCUCCUGGAGCCGCUCGUACACUCCGAAACCUGGGCACCUCUGAAAAUAAAGUUCAACUGGGACGCCAGCUUCUGGACCAAGCAGAUCUCCACUCUGGGUCAGCUCAGCGUCGAUGGAGGAAGCCGCUCGUACUCCGAGGCAGUGGGCCGGCCCGCUAUCCUGAGACCUCAGCCUGUUCCCUGCGUGUCCGUGCCGUCUCUGUGUUACCCGCUCCGAGAGACAGACUGCAGCUAUCAGUCCUUCUGCCAGCACCAGCUCUGCUGCCUGCACUGCAGACCGGCUCCGUCUGUCCCGCUGGAGAAGUACCCGCUUCCAUUGGACAAGUAUUCGGUACCGCACUCUCAGGAACCCAGCUGCAGUUCUCCUCCGAGCCUGCAGAGGUGCUGGAAUUCUGAUUCCACGGCCCAAGUGCAUCCAUCCCAGAAUUCCACGCUGCCUGAGUCAGUGCAGCGGAGCCCGGACCCGGACGCAGUGAAACACCCUGCCGCGAGCAGCCCAGAGUGUCCCACAGAUCGGGAGAUCUUUCCAGAAAAACAGCUUGAAGAUCCAGCGGGCGUGGAGUGCAGUGAGGCUCGUCUCUCGGCGCAGACAGAUGAGGACACGGUGAGUACAUGGACGGAGAAGCAUGCAGUUGCUGGAGCAUUUCUGGACCUGAGGCGAGGAAAGCAGAGAGAGGAUAAUGUGUCCGGUGUUAAAGUCGGAGAUGUGGAUUAUCACGCUGUAAAUAAUCCCUUCGUCAGCAGAACACUUCUCUUCCUCCUCUUUCUGCAUAGAAGCCCUGGACCCUCAGACAUGCUGGUACAGAACGAAGGAUGUGGAGCUAACUCCCAGAGCCCAGAGAGCAGAACCGGAGUGUGCAGCAUCUCAGCAGAACCGGGAUCAUCAGGCAGCACUUCAUACGAAUCCUGUUCUCUCGGGGUUAAUCAGAGCGGAGGAACAGCGGCCGAGGGACAGGAACACACGCCGGCACGGCAGGCGGACUACGCAAGUCCUACUGACAAAACUCCAGACGAUGUGAUGAUCCGGCGUCAUCCGGACAGUCGUGAUGGUUCGUCUCAGACGGCCUACAAGACUGAGCCAGAUAACGUGUAUACGUCAUAUUCUUAUGAAAAUAUCAGCUGUAUAUCUCCGACUAAAUACAACACGUCACGAAAAGUUCAGGACACCAGAAAAGCUCCUGAGGGUUCUAAGGUUCCAGUUGUGUGUCUGGAACGGCUGAAGAUCCUGGUGUCCAGAUGUCCACCACAGGGACACCACAGCAUGGAUCCUCCUGCUGACUCCAGACUGAAGAGUGAAGGAGAGCCUUCCCGGGAGCUGGACAGAGAACUUAGCACUGAGGAGGAAUCUGGUGAAGAACCAGGACGGAGAGCGGAGGUGUAUCAGCUACUGAGUGAACCACCGUUAGCAGAACAUCUUCUGUGCAGCGCAUCACCUGUGAAUUCAGAGUCAUCAUUACAGGAGAUAUGCAACCAAAGCAAGGAAUUUUCAGCUCCCGGUACUGCACCAGCCCAAUCCGGCGAUCCGGAACCUUCCACACCAACCGAGUCUGAACUCGCGUCCGACCCCAAUCCAUCUGAACCCAGAUCAGUGCCAGCGUGCGAUUCGCAGCUCAGAUCCACUGCGGAAGCUGACUUCGGCUCAGACGCAGAACUGGAAUCUGAACUUCAAGUACAAUCAGAUCCGAGUUCCACAUCUGAACCGCAGAUUGAAUCGGACUCAGAAUCAGACCUGGAAUCCGAGCAGGUUCUGGAGCUCUCUGGAGAGUCCGAGCAGGAGCUGGAAUCGGAUCCAGACUCCACCGCUGAAGUGACUCUGAAUCUGGAGCAGGAGUGUGAAUGGGAGGCGGAGCGAGUCGGUGCGGACGCGAGCGUGCAGGAGGAGGUGGGCGUGGUCGAGCGGGAGUGUGUGGAGAUUGAGAGCGAGGACUUCUGCGCCGUCUGCUCCAUCGGAGGCGAGCUGCUGUGCUGCGAUCGCUGCCCCAAGGUCUUCCACCUGACCUGCCACGUGCCCUCUCUCCUCAGCUUUCCCACGGGCGACUGGGUGUGCACUCUGUGCAGAGACGUGCAGCGGCCGGAGGUGGAGUACGACUGCGAGGGCUCCCGGCUGCGCCCACACACACAGCCAUCUGCACUGUCACCAUCUGACCUGAGGAAAUGUGAGAAGCUCACGCUGCUGAUCUACAGCAACAUCCUGAGCGCUCCGUUCCACGAACCCGUCAGCCCGCUGGCUCGUCAUUAUUAUCAGAUCAUCAAGAGGCCCAUGGACUUGUCUGUGAUCCGGAGCAGACUGAACACGAGCAGCUCGGCUCACUACAGCUCUUCCGAGGAGUUUGUGUCUGACGUGCUGCUGAUGUUUAAAAACUGUGCCAAGUUUAACUACCCGGAUUCAGAAGUGGCUCAGGCCGGCCGCAGUCUCCAGACCUUCUUCUUCUCCAAGCUCAGCGAGGUUUUUCCCGAGCUCAGCUGUCCUGCUCCUGACGACGACUCUGACAGCGAUGAUUACGAAGAGCCGGAGUGUGCGGCCGCCGUGGCCUUCCCCUGGCCUGAGCGGAGAGAGCAGAGCCACAGGAAGAGGAAGAGGAGGCGCUCGCUCAGCUGGAGGAGACAUCACUAUUAACCUCCUGUUCCAUGAUGGACUUCUGAAGCAUACUAGAUACACAGCUUCCAUCUGAGAGCUAAACCUGAUUCAAACUUUUUUUUUUAAAGUUCCCUUCUUCCUCCCCCUCCCUUAACUCUUUGUAAUCCUGUGCGUCACGCCGUUCCGCUGGAGGUUUAUAAACGAUGCUGCGAUGUUCUGCACUGCGAUGGACGUCACGUCAGAGCUUCUCUUUGGAAAGUUUUUGAUAUCUCACAGGUUGCUGGCGACUGCUGCUUAGUGGAUGUAGAUGAGCAAUGUCGAUUAAUAUACAGUAAUAUACAGUAUAUUUAUUAUAGAGAAUGUGAUAUUGUAUGUUUUGAUAUGCUUUAUACUCCCCGUAUAUAACCAGCUUUGACUUUUUCCUACUGUAGUAACCCAUUAGGCCUGUAGAGGGAGCGGUUUAUCAGAUCGCCUUAAGCCCAACAGCCGUUCACAUUGGACAGACCAUGUUGAAUUAAUUUUCCUCUGGCGAUUUAUCAAUCAAAAUAUUCCUCCUAUUCUGGAGAGGAACAUGGAUUCUGAUUGGACGUUGCUAAGUAACUCGUUUUAAAUAUGUAUAAUUGCUUAAAUGUUAAUUUAGUAAUGAUUCUGAAAUGUUCAAGGUAUGAAUUAUUUCUCAGGUAGAAGUGAAGGAGGAGUGCGGUUUAUUCCUCUGUAUAACUCACGUACAGGGUAGAUCAGAAAUGAAAAGCUCUUAAUAAUAAUAAUAAUAAUAAUAAUAAUACUUUGUAAUAGCGUAGAAUUUGUUCAUUUCUUUUUAACUAAUGUAAUUAUCUGGAUUAUUUGAGCUAUACAUAGACUUCAGUUUGCACUUCAGCUCAUUUUGCUUCCUUCAUAUAAUCCCUCUAUAAAUCAUUUACAGCUUUAUUUAAGACUGACGUCAUCAGUAUCUACUUUUUUAAACUUUUUAUUCUUCUUCUUUUUUUUAAUCUACUGUAUGUUCUGUACAGAUUGUAUAAAUAGUCCACGGUGAAUCUUGGUUAUUAACGGCUACUGCCAAAAUGAUUUUCACAUGUGACUGCGACUUUUUAGUUAAAUUUUGUAUUAUUAUUUUUUAAGUUUUACGUUGUUUUUUUUGACAAACAAUAUAAAUCACUUCGCUCUGGUACUCGUGACACUUUGUCAGUGUGCCAUAAACACUAGUCAUAAACUGAAGAUUUUGUUUAAUCACAAAGACUGCAUGUUCACACCGUGACGAGGUAAAGACAACGUCCACGCUUUUACUGUUGAGUUUGGACAUCAUUAUAAUAAUCCUUUAACAUAACAAACAGCUUCACUGACUUGCUUUUAUAAGAAUUAAACAUCCUGAAACUUCAA